AAGGACUAUUCGUACAUGUAUUGCACGUGGGUUCGGGCUGUUCACUAUCGUUUAAUUUUUGUUCGAGAUUGUUCCACUUCAAAACCGUCAAGAUGAUGAUGCCAGGCAGAUCUCCCGUGUUGGUUCUAAAUCAAAACACGAAACGAGAGAGUGGAAAGAAGGUUCAGAUCGGAAAUGUAGCCGCUGCGAAGACAAUAGCAGAUGUCAUCAGAACAUGUCUAGGACCACGCUCAAUGCUCAAGAUGUUGAUGGACCCUAUGGGAGGCAUUGUGAUGACCAACGAUGGGAACUGCAUUCUCAGAGAGAUCACGGUACAACAUCCAGCAGCCAAGUCUAUGAUUGAGAUCAGUAGAACACAAGAUGAGGAGGUCGGUGAUGGAACCACAUCAGUUAUCAUCCUCGCUGGGGAGAUGAUGUCUGUAGCUGAGCCAUUCCUACAGCAGGGCAUGCAUCCCACACUCAUCAUCAAUGCUUACAAAGAAGCCAUGGAAGAUAUGCUCCAGAUUAUGAAGGACAAGUGCAGCAAACAAGUAGAUGUGAGUGAUAGAGGUCAGAUGAUGAACAUCAUCAAGAGCUGUCUAGGAACCAAGUUUAUCAACCAAUGGGCUGAUCUGGCUUGUCAGAUUGCGUAUGAUGCUGUUAAUACCGUAUCUCUAGAGGAGAAUGGCAGGAAAGAGAUCGACAUCAAACGCUACGCCAAAGUAGAGAAGGUUCCAGGUGGUACUAUUGAAGACUCCCGAGUACUUAAAGGUGUGAUGCUGAAUAAAGAUGUGACACAUCCACGCAUGAGGAGACGCAUUGAGAACCCACGUAUCCUCCUCUUGGACUGCAAUCUAGAGUACAAGAAGGGAGAAAGUCAGACCAAUCUCGAGAUGGGAAGCGACACAGACUUCACCCGCAUUCUACAGCUAGAGGAGGAGUACAUCCAACGUAUCUGUUCUGAGAUCAUCGCACUCGAACCUGAUCUCAUCUUCACAGAGAAAGGCAUUUCAGAUCUGGCACAACAUUACCUUGGAAAGGCCAACAUCACAGCUAUCCGACGUGUCAGGAAGUCAGAUAAUAACCGAAUCGCAAGAGCAUGUGGUGCCACGGUUGUGAAUCGUACGGAUGAACUGAGGAAGGAAGACUUGGGUCUUGGAUGUGGACUCUUUGAGAUUAAGAAGAUUGGAGAUGAGUAUUUCACCUUCGUCACAGAAUGCAAGAACCCCAAGGCUUGUACCAUUCUCCUGAGGGGUGCUAGCAAGGAUGUGUUGAAUGAGGUUGAACGUAAUCUCCUGGAUGCUAUGAAUGCUGCUCGUAACGUCAUGCAGGAGCCCUGUCUUGUACCAGGUGGAGGUGCUGUAGAGAUGGCUCUGUCACAUGCCCUGAAUGAGAAGGCCAAGGCCAUCAAGGGUGUACAGCAGUGGCCUUACAAGGCCGUAGCAUCAGCUCUAGAGGUCAUCCCUAGGACUCUCAUCCAGAACUGUGGAGGCAAUACUAUCCGCACUCUUACUGCACUCAGGGCUAAGCAAGCAGACCCAGCUAACUUCAAAUGGGGUAUAGAUGGUGAGAAGGGCGUAAUUGCUGAUAUGAAAGUCUUGGGUAUCUGGGAUCCAUAUGCAGUCAAGGCACAGGUAUACAAGACAGCCAUUGAGACUGCUAUGCUUUUGCUUCGCAUUGAUGACAUUGUGUCAGGAUCUAAGAAGGCUGGUGAGAGGGAAGGUGCAGGAACGGUUGCCCCUACAACUGAAUAACACGUCUUGACUUCCAAUCAGUAGUCUCCUAUAGUUAGUGGAUGUGUAAGAUUAAGCUAUCAUAAGCUAAUACAUUAAGGUGUCUUUGUAUGUAUUGCACCAACACAGACAUAGAUGUCAUUCAGACCCAGUAAGAUAUGGUGGGUUGUUUGAAGAAUUCCUAUAUCGAGCCCAUUAGAAAUAAAUGCAUUCCUCCUGAAGUUGAGGCACAUGCCUCAAACUAUGUCAAAAUGUUUCAGGAAGAGAACCCCACUCACAAUAUUCUCUCUAUUUAAGUACCACCUUCCUUCGUUUAGAAGAAGAAACUAAAUUUACAAAUUAUCCUAAAUUUAUUUAGUGAAGAGGCAUUCUAUUGGCUCACACAAUAGAUGUGCACCCCCCCCCCCUGCAUUAGUUCUUUUACUUCUGAUGCCUUGUUCUCAUCUGAUGCUAUAAAAUAUAAACCUUAUGCGGUAAUAGUAAAAACAUUGUGUGUGUUAAUGAAUGGCAAGUUGAGGUCCAACAAAUAGCCCUGAGUAAUAGUGUCUCAUUUAUGUGUUAUGAGAUACACAAAUGUGAAAGACACUGUGCUCAUGUCAUUCCAUCGUACCGCAGUGAUUCUUUGAUAGGCUUACCAUAAUAACAAGACGUACAAUAAAUGGUCAUUGACAGAACAUGAUGAAGAUUGAACACGAUGUAACAGUAAAUUUAUCCCUCAUAUACUGUAGCCUAUAUCUCACAUGAACCAGUACUUUGUCUGUUAAACUGUGACCUUCAUUCCACUGAUGGUAGUAAAUACUGUUAUGAGUGAAGUAUAACCUAACCCAAUAAAUGUGUCUUAAAAGACCUUUUGGAUGAUCACAUUCAGAUAUUGAAUGUAUCUGUUUUGGGAGAAAAAAUGUGAAGCAAAUGAAUUGAUAUUGAUGUAUUUUGUAAUGGUGUUUUCUAAUAAUGAAUAUAAGCAAUGCUUGAAGUGGUAUUAUUUGUUAUCUUUUAUACUUUAUUAUCACUCUCUGUUUGUUUGUGCAGAGGGUUGAUGUUGCAGCACACAUGCACGCCACAUUAGGCCAAACAUGUCUUCAGGAAUAUUGUAGUGUUUUUGCCUGAGUCACUUUUUAUGGAAAAAUAAAAGACAUAGUGACAGGUUUGUAAUAUAGGAUCUUUCUCUUAGCCAUGUCACAUAGGUCAUUCAACUUCAGGCUUUGUAGAGAUGAGCUGCUAUUGAAGUACCUGUGAGGUCUUUCAACAGCCCUGUUAUUCCCAAUUCAUGUGUAUACCUUCUUGUAUUUAUAUAUGAACGAUAUUUGUACAGUUAACUUUUCAUAAGUGGAAUGGGUUGGGACCACCAAAAAAAAUAGUUUGAUUUAUGCAAAAUUAGACUUAUGAGGUGUAAAUUACACAUUUCAUAUAGUUUGACCCAAAUUUGAUUUAACUUGGGGGAAUUUGAGUUAUGCAGAGUUAACUGUGACUAAUGGGAAAGUGGAUUUAGCUCAUCACUUCAUACUGGUAUUGAAGAUUCGUGAAUGGCCUUUUGGGAAAUACUUACCGUAUCCAUACAAGAGCUUGUGGCUUUCUUUUUUUUAUAGUGAAGUUCUGAAGAGCAAUGUGCAUAUUAUUUAAGUCAAACAUGUCAGUGGUACAAGUCAAUAAAUUGUUGUGAUGUGUGCAGAGAAAA